GUCGCUGUGUAAUGUUAUCGCUCGUUGUGUAUUUUACAUUUUGUUAUUACUUAUUAAUAAUAAUAUUUUAACGUUAGUAUUUUUUCGUAUUCGUUAGCUGGAAAGUACAAUUACCUACAAGUCUACAAUUUGCAAGGACCAUCAGAAAAUAUUUUAACUUCCACCGACAAAAUUUCAGCCUUUCAAGAAAAAAUGUCCGUGUGGUGUGCAAACUUGGAUAAAGGGAAUACAACUAUGUUUCCACUGUUUACGGGCCAGGAAAACUCCAGUCCUACCGUUCUAAAAAUCAUACGAAGUCACUUACAGACUUUACAAAUGUCUAUGAAACAUUAUUUUCCAGACUUAAACGUUGAACACUACGACUGGAUUCGGAACCCUUUUACUUCCAUGAUACAAACAGAUGACUGUGAGGUACAACAGGAAGCAGUGGAAUUGAAGAACGACCGAACGCUUCUAGUUAAGUUUAAUGAGGUCACGCUAGACAGCUUUUGGGUGGCUCUUAACAAUGAAUACCCUCGAUUAUCGAAAAAGGCUAUUGAAGUGCUCCUUCAGUUUUCUACGUCUUGGUUAUGUGAGCAUGGCUUUAGUGCACUAACAAAUAUAAAAACAAAAAAACGCAACAGACUCACAAAAACAACUAUAGAAGACGAUAUGAGACUCGCUCUUUCCACCAUCAACCCUAGGAUUCCCCAACUUUGUAAAAAACACCAGGGUCAAAUUUCACAUUAAAUUUAUAUAAAUCAUUAUUUUUUUUUUAACUUUUAUUUUUUUCUGUACUGUAUUUUUUUUUUUUAAUAAAAGAAUAAUUUUAAUAAAUACA